AUAUCCGAUCGGAUCACGGAACGCAGCAGCUGCAUACCGAAUAUGCAUGCAUUGUCCCAUGUAUUGGAUAUCAUCGAGGGAUGGAGAAUUGUCGAACGAGAUAGGAACAUUGACAAUUUGACAUUGUUGAAAAUCAAUACAAUACUCAUAGCUAAAGUCUGUAAAGUGCCUUUGAAGUUUGGUGUAGACGCAAUGUAGCAUGGGUGUAAGACGUCUUAUCUGUUUCCGGAGACGAAGAUGGUCAAGGUACUUGUGCCUGCUUGUUUUUGCCACAGUUAUCUAUUUCAUCUUCCAGGGAACUUACUUGAGGGCACUCAACAAUAACAGUGCAGAUAAAUUAGAAAUUGAUGGAGGAGAUAGCAUUAAAGUCAAGCAUGAAAAAUCACUUACUAUCUUGGGAGUUCGAUCAGAUGACCUAUUACACUACGUACCAGACAAGGAUGGAUUGUUCCAUUGUAUUGAUGGAUCAGCUAAGGUUCCUAUGAUGGCUGUCAAUGAUGAGUACUGUGAUUGUCCAUUGGAUGGAUCAGAUGAACCUGGUACAGAUGCUUGCCCACAUGCAAGGUUUUACUGUGAGCACAACAACAAAUUCUUGCCAUCUGGUAAGGUGAAUGAUGGUAUAUGCGAUUGCUGUGAUGGAAGUGAUGAGUGGAAAAUUGGCCUCGGAUCAGUAAAGGUCAAAGGUUUUCCUUUGAGUGAUGUCAUUCAACAUGCACCAUGUGUGGAUACAUGCAGCAAACUAGUAGACAGGGAGAGAGAAGAUCAGAGAGUACGUCAGAUAGGGUUACGUUUAAAACAACAGUAUAUAGCUAGAGCACAGGGUCAUUUGUCUAAAAAUUCACAAGAUAUUUAUGGCAAGCAGGGAGAAUUUUACCAACUGAGCAAAGAGUGCUUUGAUCAUGCUGAAUAUGCAGCAUCCUACCAUAUCUGCCCCUUCCAAAAAGUAGAACAGACACAGAAUGGUCACAUGUUCAAGUUAGGCAGCAAAGGACAGUGGGAUACCAGUCGGGUGGACAAGCUGGUCUUGGUCAUGAUGGGCGGAGACAGGAGAGGAUGUCCAGGUGACGGUCGCAGGACAGAGAUUGAAUUCUCAUGUGGUCUGAGUAACUCUAUUACUAAGCUAUUUGAAGAGGCAAAGUGUGUUUACACUGUUCACUUUCUGACCCCUGCUGCUUGCUGACGAAUAAUUUAAUUAUACAAAUGAAAUGAAUUUGCCAAAGUCAUUCCACAUAUUGUUAUCAAACAAUUGAAUUUAAUUACCUUAAUAUGAAUUACAUUAGUGAGGGCACUAGUAGGAUCAUUGGAUGUAUAAGGUACCUUUGAGAUAGUUCUUGCUGGCCUAAGGCAUGGCCAAGAAUAGUUUGAUUAUAUCAAAGGUACUGACUGUGGGUAAUUGUACUACUGCCCUGGUGAAAUGAUGCCUACUAUUUGUUUUAUAAGAUCAUGAUAGGCUCCUUGCUAUUUGAUAAACAACCUUUAUCUCAAAACUAUGAAUGUUCAUGAUAAUCAGCUUAUGACUGCUUAUAUCUGGUUGUCUAUGAAAUUAUGCAUCUAGCAUAAUAACUGUCCUCAUAUUUCCGCUCUCACCUUAAAUGAGUAGGAUAUAUUCUCAUAGAAAGGAAACAAACUAGAGGUAGACUGAAUAAGUUUUAGCUUCAGUUUUUCAAUAUUAAAAGAUAAUUUAAGUCCUUUUCCCUAAAAAAAAAUAAUUCUAAGAAUUGUAGUAACAAUAAAAUGUGAAUUUUUGUGUUAUUAGUAUUGAAAUACAUGUAAGUGAUGAUAAUUUCUAUUAAUUCAAUAUUAUCCCUUAUUUUCAGGGGGGGGGUGAGGGCUUUGUUCAUAAAUAUUUUAAAACUCAUAAGCAUCCCUUAUUAAAUUACUAAUACUACUGCUGCUGCUAUGACUGCCACAAGUGUCGCUGCUAUUUCAUCAACUAUGCAUACUUCAAAUACAAAUAUACUACCAUGUGUUAAGCAGCCCCCUGAUGUUUUUUAUAGUGAUUUUAUUCAAGUUUAAACAAUGUGCCUUAUUUUUGUCUUGAGGAAUGUGUUAAAGGAGAAUGAAACUCUAGGAGCAAUUUAGCUUUUGUGAAAGCAGAAAAAUCAAAGAAUAAGAUCAACAAAAGUUUGAGUAAAAUAGGACUAGCAAUAGAAGAGUUAUGAGCAUUUGAAUGUCGAGAUCACUAAUGCUAUGGAGAUCCUCCCAUUGGCAACGCAACCAAGAUCUAUGAUAUCACAGAUGAACAACUCUCCCCUUUGGACACUGAAAAUAUACCCCAAAACAUCUCUUUUUGCUCUUUCUAAUCAUAUGACAAACGAUUCAUCAAUGAUAUAAUGUUGUGAAACCUCUGUACUUGUCCUCACAUAAAGAGAACACCUCACCUUGUGAUAGAUUCUAUAAAAGUGAGAAUAUAAGUGAAAUAAGUACUAAAGCAAUGAGGGAGUUGUUCGUGUGUGACAUCACAGAUCUUGGUCGUAUUGCCAAUGGGAGGAUCUACAUGGCAUUAGUGAUCUCAAUAUUCAAAUGCUCAUAACUUUCUUAUUAUUCAUUCAAUCUUCCUCAAACUUUCAACAAUAUGUUUCUUUGAUUUUUCUCUUUGAUAUGGAUUCAGCUGGUUUCAAGGGUUUCAUUCUCCUUUAAUAGCUGCUUUGAAUUUUAUAUUUCUAAUGCCAGUUGAAGUCAGUAUAUUUUUCAAAGAUAUGUUAAACAAGGGACAGGGUCGAUUCGAAAUUCAAAAUUAAGUGAUGUAAAUUUGAAGAUAUGAAUGGUAUUGGAAUGAAGAAUUUUCAAUUAAUUUGAGACUAUUCACUUCAAGUCAGUUACUUCAUUCUGUGGGAAUUUGAAUUUAACUGAGCAGCCCUUCAGAUUGAUUCAAAUUAUGAAGAAUAAAAUGCCGUAAUUUUAUAAAUUGCAUUUUUAUAUUUCAAAACUGGCCCAGGAUCAACACAUUCCGUUCAACUGAUUUUUUUUUCAAAAAUCAUAGGUCAAAUUAUGAAAACUAUCAGAAUCUCUCAUGAUAUAAUAAGACCAUGAGCAACUUUGACGAUUCCUUAUGUUUUACAAUUUUUUACAGCUAAUGUUAUUCAAUCAUGCAAAAAGAUAAAUAAUAUACCCAUUAUUGUUUGGUAUGAAUCCAAAUGUAUUGAAAUCAAGAACAUAGCUAAUUCUUAUUUCCAACCCUUUUCAAUUAUCACAUUUGAUAGUCUAUAUCUAUUGUAAUGAAAUAUAAAACAGGUGGUUUUAUAGAACUAGCAAUGAUCAAUUUGAAGGAACUUCAACAGUCAAGUUUAGCUUUCUCAUUUUGUUUCCUAUAUUGCAAAUAUAAAGAGUCUAUCUUCAAAAGAUUUGCUUGAAUGAAAUCUAUUUUUUGUUAAAUACUAUUUUCUAUAAGAGCCCUUCAAUCUACAUGUAUAUCUCCAAAAACUAUGCAUAUGUGUUUAAGAAAAGAGUUGCUUCUUACACUAUACCCCAAGGUGAACAGUCAUAUUUCAUUUAAUACGAAUAGCAUUCAAAAUAUUUUCAUGAAAUUAUUGAUACAUUACAAUUUUUCAGUAUUAUUGUGGAAACCUUGCCAGUAUAGCCAUGAUCAAUUUAAGUUUUCAUCAGAUGGAAAAUGUGUAGAAAUCUGUGUAUGUAAUACUGAUAGUAUAUUGCGAAGUAUUUAUGAAAAAGCAAUAAAAAAGAGCUUGUUGAAUAGUAUGAAAUUUUUACUGUACUAUUCCAGUCAUUGAACAUAUCUUUAGAACAAUGACAAUAUCUCAUGUAAAAUUUCUGGUGUUUUUAAUUAUAAGCAAUAGCAAAUUUGGGUAAAAUAGUAAUACAAGAUAAAGGAGCCUCUCCUAAAGCCUUUGAUUUUGAUGAUUGCAAAAUGUAAACUAAUCAAAUUCACCAAGGGUCGGUUCAUCUAAGAAAAUCACUCAUUUAAUAUCUAUCAAUAAUAAUAAUAAUGUCAUAUUUUACCCAGGGAAGCCACUUCAGUUCUGAAAACUUCUACCAGCGGGCCCUGCUUAACAUGAUCAUGUUAUUAUUACACCGGCUUUGGGCCGGAGUAAUAAUGAACCAAGAUUUUGGUAAAUCGAAAGAUAUAUAUUAUUUUGUAUCAAAAUAUGUGAAUUCUUUAUCGUGGAUCACUCGUUAUUGUGGAUCAUGCAAAGCAACUGAAUGUUGUUAUUCAGUGAAACUCCUAUGAAUACUAAUUUCUUUAAAUCAAUGUAAGCUGUAAAUAUUUCACCUAAAUAUUAUUUUGUAGUUAUAUGUAUAUUUUGAUUGUUGGAUAUAUUCUGUACUAAAAUAUCUGAAAUAAAAUUUAUAAAUUUG